AUGACCUACCGCCGCGCCCGCUUCCGCCUCUCCCUCCCCGCAGCGACGACGACCGCCCUCCUCCCGCUCGCGCACGCGCUCCUCUCGCUCGACCUGGCCUUGGUAGCGAGACCACGCGCGCUCCGCAGCCCGCUCUUCCACUACUCUGCGCCGUUCAGCUCCCCGUGGAGCCGGGAGGCGGCGCUCGCAGCCGACCUCGGCGCCGUCGCAGCGUCGUACGCCGUCUCUGGCGUCGUGUCCGCCCUAGUCGCCACUACGCGCAACGUGUGGAACGACGCGCGGGCGUGGUGCGGCGCCGACAGCUGCGACGACACGGACACGAGCCACGUGCCCUUCUCGGCGUGGAGCGCGACCGCGCCCGCCGUGUACCUCCUCGCCAUGGUGCUCGUCGCCGCGCACCCCGCCGACUCGGCAUGGCCGUACCCCCUCGACUUUGGCACCCUGCUCACUGUGCCCCUGGCCUUUCUGCUCGUGUUUACAGAGCAUCACUUCGCGCGUCUGUACGCUACGCUGUGGAAAAAACAAUGGCGUGAGGACAAGUCCGGCGCGGCGUAUGGCAUGCUGGCGGCUGCGGCCGUGGUCCGGCUCGUGCUAGCUGCGCGUGUCCUCGUCGCUGCGCUGCUGCCGCUUGCGGUCGUCCCACUUGGUUCGUGGGCUCGGCUCGCACUCGCGGCCCCACUGUUGAUCGUGUGGCCAGCACCGAGACGGACGGGGUACAAGUGGUUUGUUUGA